CUCAAGUGCGCCUCAUAAGUCACCGCACAUCCUUACUGCUCCACACGCCCCAAACCCUUGCCUUUAUUCUCCACUGACCAACUGAAGAGCAAUAACACAUCAUAGCAUGUCUGCUGCUAAGUGCUUGGUGUCUCUGAUGGUGGUGCUGGUGGCCACAGUGUGUGUGGCUCAUGCCCAGGAGAGGAUUAAGAUGUGUGGAAGAGAGCUGAUACGUCUGGCCGUCUCAUCCUGUGGCAACUCUCGGCUGAAGAGAAGCAUCCAGGAUGUGGAACUGUGGCAGCAGCAGUACACUUCUCACCCGGACCAGGACGCCCACACAGAGCAGCACCAGGCUACAGAGGCAGUCCAUGUUGCUCCAGAGGCUGACAGGGAGAAGGAUGUCCUCUCCUUGGCUCCUCACUGGUACCCUGUGCCCCCUCGGAUUAGACGAGCUUCUGGAAGAAUAUCUGAUAUUUGCUGUGAGAAAGGAUGCAGCAUGAAAGAGCUGAUUCAGUUUUGCUAAAUGUGACUCCCCACUUAUCAUCAUAUGAUAAAAUACCAUCUCAAAAUGUUGUGAUCUGCUGUUUACUAGGUUGCCUAAUCCUUGAUGAAGAAUGAUUUUGCAUUAUUUCCAGUGAUGCAGCAUUCUGGAAAACGCUACUCAGUCUUUAUAGAUACUUGAUUAUACAGUAUUUAAUAAAUUAUUUACUAUGCCACACUGUAGGACAAAAUAUAAAAUCACAAUGUACACAUUUUAUUUUGUAUUAAUGUAAUUUAUUUUCUUUGCAUCACUUUAGAAAAAGUUUCUAUGCAGCUCUCAAACUGCACUGUAAUAAAGCUUUUGAUGACGAAG